AUGGAAUAUAAUUUAAUUGUUUUUACAAUAAUCUUACUUAUAUUUCUAAUAUCAUCCUUUUUAUACUAUUGCCAAUGUCAAUAUGGAUUAUUCAUCCUAUCAAAAAAUAAAUUUAAUUACUUUAUUAAAUUUAAGGAUGAUCAUAUCAAAAUAGAUUGUUCAAUUUGUCUGGUUAAUCUAUCAGAUACUCCAGAUCAUAUCAUAAAUUCAGAAGAACCUAUUCUUAUUUAGACUUUAAAUAUGGCUAUAUAAAAACAAUUAUUAAUGAACACUCCAUGUGUAAGACUUAAUUAUAUACAUAGAAUCAUAUAUUUCAUCCUUCUUGUUUGAUUUAAUGGAUGUAGAUUAAUCUUACUUGUCCAUUAUGUAAGAGUUCACUUCCUUAAAUAUGUUGA